CACAGCCUCCCAACCAAAUUUUGAGGCACUUAUGUAGAGAAGAAUCUUUUGAGCAGCCUGCUGUUUAAAUAUUUGCGCGCCUAAUGAAGAUCAGCGCAACUGGAGAGCUUUGAUUAGUCCAACUCCCGGCCACAAGUACUCCAACCAGAUCCGACUGCUCUCUCACAAUUUCAGAUACAAUAUACAAUCGCAACGUACAGAAACUGAGCGCAGAGCGCAGAGUUUCACUCAACGAGCGAAGAUCGUUGGGCUUCGCAUUCAUUCCUCGAGAGUCAGUUGAGUAUUGGACGUCCUCGUUAACGGUUGCCAGCGUCUUGCGAGCGGCGAACAUAUGAAGUCGCUCAGGCACCACCAACAGGAAUAGGAUAUCGUAAUGAAUUGACGAGCGACACCAAAGUACAACCUCGAAGGAACAACCCACCAGAUAGCCCAGAUAGCCGAAUAUACUUUGGAACUCCUCCACUCGUCCUAGUGGCACCCGCACCCACCUGUAGCCAAACGAGCCACCCAAACCGAACCCACCAUGAAGCACAGCCGGUGGAGCCACAGUGGCUCCUCCACGGCUCGUCUCCUGCUGCUCGGAGUCCUGUUCGCCAGCUGCUCCACCGCCAUCCUGGGCGCCCUGCGUCCGCCCAUCAACUCCGCCGGAGGUCACGAACUGCGCGGAACCACCUUCAUGCCGGCCCUGGAGUGCUACGAUCCAUACGGCAGGCCGCAGAAAUGUCUGCCAGAAUUCAUCAAUGCUGCCUACCAACUGCAAAUUGAGUCAACUAACACCUGCGGUGAGCAGAACGACAACCACUUCUGCAUACAAACCAUGAACCAAAAUCACAAAAACUGCGAGUUUUGCAAGUACAAUGAUCACAAUCCAUCCUUCUUGACGGACUUGCACGAUCCGCAAAGUCCAACCUGGUGGCAGUCGGAGACCAUGUUCGAGGGCAUCCAGCACCCGAACUAUGUGAAUCUGACCCUGCACCUUGGAAAAUCCUAUGACAUCACCUACGUGCGCAUUCUCUUCCGCUCACCGCGACCUGAAUCCUUCACGAUUUACAAGAGGACCUCGGAGUCUGGACCCUGGAUACCCUACCAGUUCUACAGUGCCACAUGUCGCGACACCUACUCCCUGCCAGAUUCGCGAGCCAUUCGCAAGGGGGAGGGCGAGGCCCAUGCCCUGUGUACCAGCGAGUACAGUGAUAUCUCGCCGUUGAGGGACGGUGAGAUUGCCUUCUCCACGCUGGAAGGGCGGCCCAGUGGCAUCAAUUUCGAGCGUAGUGGCGAGCUGCAGGAAUGGGUCACGGCCACGGAUAUCCGUAUUUCCCUGGACCGACUGAACACCUUCGGUGAUGAGCUCUUCGGCGAUUCCCAGGUGCUCCAGUCGUACUUCUAUGCCAUCAGUGACAUUGCCGUGGGUGCCCGCUGCAAGUGCAAUGGCCAUGCCAGCAAGUGUGUCCCGAGCACGGGCAUGCAUGGCGAGAGGACCCUGGUCUGCGAGUGCCGGCACAACACUGAUGGACCCGAUUGCGACCGCUGCCUGCCGCUCUACAACGACCUCAAGUGGAAGAGGUCCACCUCAACGGAGGUGAACGAGUGCAAAGCUUGCAACUGCAACGGAUUGGCGGACAAGUGCUUCUUCGACGCGAGUCUGUUCAACCGGACGGGUCAUGGAGGUCACUGCCUCGACUGCCGAGAGAAUCGCGAUGGACCCAACUGCGAGCGCUGCAAGGAGAACUUCUACAUGCGCGACGACGGCUACUGCGUGAACUGCGCCUGCGAUCCCGUGGGCUCCAGGUCGCUGCAGUGCAACAGCCACGGCAAGUGCCAGUGCAAGCCGGGAGUGACCGGCGACAAGUGCGAUCGCUGCGACAACAACUACUACCAAUUUGGACCGCAUGGAUGCCAGCAGUGCGGAUGCGACAGUGGUGGAUCCCAUGAGAACACCCCCGCCUGCGAUACCGACACGGGAAUCUGCUUCUGCAAGGAGAAUGUGGAGGGCAGGCGCUGCAAUGAAUGCAAGCCUGGCUUCUUCAAUCUGGACAAGACCAAUCGAUUUGGGUGCACCCCGUGCUUCUGCUACGGUCACACCUCCGAGUGCAUGACUGCACCAGGAUACUCCAUUGUCUCGGUCACCUCCAAUUUCAACAAAUUCAAGGAACGCUGGACGGCCGCCGAUUUGAACCAACGCGAGGUGGACAUCAAGUACAACCAGUACAGCCGGAGCAUUGGAACCACCGCCCAGGGCAAUGAGCACGUGUACUUCCAGGCACCGGAUCGCUUCCUCGGCGAUCAGCGUGCUUCCUACAACAGGGAUCUGAAGUUUAAGCUGCAGCUAGUGGGUCAGGUGGCCAAUACCGGAGUCAGUGAUGUGAUCUUAGAGGGUGCUGGCAGCCGCAUCUCGCUGCCCAUCUUCGCACAGGGCAAUGGAAUACCCGACCAGGGAGUCAAAGAGUACACCUUCCGGCUGCACGAGCACCAUGACUACCAGUGGCAACCAAGCCAGUCCGCUCGCGGUUUCCUUUCGAUUCUGUCCAAUCUGACGGCCAUUAAGAUCAGGGCCACGUACUCGGUGCAGGGUGAGGCCAUUCUGGACGACGUCGAGCUGCAGACGGCACAUCGUGGAGCCGCCGGUCAUCCGGCCACCUGGAUCGAGCAGUGUACCUGUCCGGAAGGCUACCUGGGUCAGUUCUGUGAGUCCUGUGCUCCAGGCUAUCGCCACAGUCCCGCGCGCGGUGGUCCCUUCAUGCCCUGCAUACCCUGUGAUUGCCAUGGUCAUGCGGACAUCUGUGACUCGGAGACGGGCCGGUGCAUCUGCCAGCACAACACCCACGGAGAUAACUGCGAUCAGUGUGCCAAGGGAUUCUACGGAAACGCCCUGGGCGGAACUCCCAGCGACUGCAAGCGUUGUCCCUGUCCCAAUGAUGGUGCCUGCCUGCAGAUCAACGAGGACACGGUCAUCUGUACGGAGUGCCCGAAGGGCUACUUCGGUUCCCGUUGCGAGCAGUGUAGCGAUGGCUUCUUCGGAGAUCCCACCGGUCUCUUGGGUGAUGCGCAGACCUGCAAGAGCUGUGACUGCAAUGGCAACGUGGAUCCCAACGCCGUGGGCAAUUGCAACCGGACCACAGGCGAGUGCCUAAAGUGCAUCCACAAUACAGCCGGAGAGCACUGUGAUCAGUGCUUGUCGGGACACUUUGGAGAUCCCCUGGCCUUGCCCCAUGGCCGCUGUGAUCGCUGUAGUUGCUACGCGGCUGGAACCGAGCAGGAUGAACAGAGUAUCACGCGAUGCGACCAAGUCACUGGUCAGUGUCAGUGCAAGCCGAAUGUGAUUGGAAGGGAUUGCGGAGAGUGCCAGCCGGGCUACUUUAACAUCCGAUCGGGCAAUGGUUGCGAGAACUGCCUGUGCGAUCCGGUGGGCAGCUACAACUCCACCUGCGAUCGGUACUCUGGCCAGUGUCACUGCCGACCAGGUGUGAUGGGUCAGCGGUGCGAUCAGUGCGAGAACUACUUCUACGGAUUCUCCAGCGAGGGCUGCAAGCCAUGCGAGUGCGACGAGAGCGGCUCCAAGGGAUUCCAGUGCGACCAGAAUGGCCAGUGUCCUUGCAAUGACAACGUGGAAGGACGUCGUUGCGAUCGCUGCAAGGAGAACAAGUACGACAGGCAUCGGGGUUGCAUCGAUUGCCCCGAUUGCUACAACCUCGUUCAAGAAGCUGCCGAUUUGCAUCGCGCCAAGCUAUUCAAUCUCAGUCAAACGCUGGACGAGAUUGCCCGCACCCCGGUGACCAACGACGACGAGUUCGAGGCCAAGUUGAAGGCGGUGCAGGAGAAGGUGGCUCUCUUGGCCCAGGACGCCCGCGACAAUUCCGGCGAGGGUGGUCAGACCCACGCAGAGGUCAUCGAUGAUCUUCACAAGCACCUGGACAGCGUGAGGGAGCAGCUCGUGAGCGCGGAUAAGUUCCAGGCUGAUGCCAAUGCGGAGAUCGAUAGGGCACGCCAGAACUACACCAUUCUGGACCAGAUCACCGAGAACGCAAAGAAGGAGCUGCAGCAGGCACUCGAUCUCCUGAAUGACGAAGGUGCCCAGGCGUUGGCCCGGGCCAAGGAGAAGUCUGUGGAAUUCGGACAGCAAUCGGAACAGAUCUCGGACAUAUCUCGUGAGGCUCGUGCCCUGGCCGACAAGCUGGAGUCGGAGGCCCAGUUCGAUCUGAAGAACGCCAAGGAUGCCAAGGAUGCGGUGGAGAAGGCCCAUCAGCUGGCCAAGAGCGCCAUCGAUUUACAGCUGAAGAUCGGCACUGAGCUGCGUUCCGAGGUUGGCUUGGAGCUCAACCAUGUGAAGCAACUACUGGGCAACGGGGUGCAGAUCGCCAAGGAGGCUCUUCGCAAAGCCAACGAGGUCUACGAAACAGCAUUGACCCUGCUCAAUGAUGUGAAUCGUCAAACCCAACCGGAAAUCGAUAUCAGUCAGUUGAAGAAUGAUGCAUUGGCGGCAAAUGAGCGAGCUGAUGAGCUGCUCAAGCAGAUAACUGACUUGUCCAACAGCAAUGGCGAGCUCUUUGCGGAUUUCGAAUCGGAGCAGGAACUAACGGAGGCGCUGCUUAAGAGAGCUGAGCAGCAGCAACUGGAAGACAUCGAGCUCUUGGAGCGAGCUAAGGCCGCCCACGACAAGGCCACCAAGGCAGUGGAACAGGGCGACAAUACCCUAAAGGAGGCCAACAACACCUACGAGAAGUUAGCCGGCUUCCAGUCGGAUGUCCAGCGCUCUUCUGAGAGCGCGGAGAAAGCACUGCAGACGGUGCCCAACAUCGAGAAGGAGAUCCAGAAUGCGGAGAGCCUGAUCAGCCAGGCGGAGGAGGCACUCGAUGGAGCCAAUAAGAAUGCCAACGAGGCCAAGAAGAAUGCCCAGGAGGCGCAGCUGAAGUAUGCCGAACAGGCUUCCAAGGAUGCUGAGCUGAUCCGCCGCAAGGCCAAUGAGACCAAGGUGGCUGCCCGCAAUCUGCGCGCGGAGGCCGACCAACUGAAUCACCGCGUGAAACUCACCGAAAUGGACAUCUUCAAGCUGGAAGAGAGCUCGACCAAGGACGACAACCUGGUGGACGACGCCAAGCGAAAGGUGGGUCAGGCCAAGGCCGAUACCCAGGAGGCCCAAAAGCAGAUCGAGAAGGCCAAUGAGGAGCUGACGGCCAUCAAGGAUGAGCUGGAGAACCUGAAGGACAUCAACACCGGCGAUUUGGAUAAAUUGGAGAAUCGUUUGGCCACUGUGGAGGGUGAGAUCAAUCGCGUCAACCUGACGGGACGAAUCGAAAAGUACCGGGAACAGCGCACCAUUCAGAAGAAUCUGAUCGACAAGUACGAUGCCGAGCUGAGGGAACUCAAGGAUGAAGUCCAGAACAUUGGACUUAUUUCCAAGGCUCUGCCCGAUAGUUGCUUCAGUCGCAACCGGCUGGAACCCUAGAGCUCUGCGAACCAGCCCACUCCCCAUAACAACUACUUCAAUUUUAACUAAGAACGAAGAUCAGAGACGAGACGAACAAAUCAGAUUUAUGAUAGAACGUAGACGUUGAAUGAAAUUAUGUAAUUUUAGUGCCUUAGCCGAAAUAUUCUGUUUAGUGACCCAGCCCAAGGAUCCACAAAGGAGACCAACUGAGCAACGUUAAGCUUUAACGCAUCAUCGUUCGCAUACUGUAUGCCAUAUACUAUACUGAUACAAGGGGAUGGACGAUGAUGACCAUAUCGAGAAUCAACUGCCAACUGUGCUUCACCAGUUUCAAGCCAGCCACGGACUGUAUUAUAUGUUAAAAAGAGACACUAAACGAAACACACAAGACCUUGUAAUCCUACAAUCCGAUAAUCCAAUCGCAACUCUAUAUCUCUGCCGUAGCUCCACCGGAAGUCUAUUCUAAACACUUAUAUAUUAACAUAUUUGUCAUCUACGUUUAAUGUGCCAAUACAAUUACCACGUAUCUUUCUGUAUAAGUCGCUUAAAGAGUUUCCCUUCAAAAUAUAACUUUUCCAACGUUGUAAUUUUGUAAAAAUAAACCAUAUAAUAUGAACUGGGA